CAGUCCCCUUUCUUCAUAAUUUGAUCUCUCUCUCUCUCCCCUACUCUGCUUGUGUAGACUGUAGAAUUAGCUUCAUUUCUUCGAUAGAAAUUGAAGUUUUAAUGGCGAAGAUUUCACAGAAGAAGAAUGCGGCAUCGAAUGGCAACAAUGAAACCAAGCCAGUCAUUGGAAAGCCUAAGAGAACACGUAAGACGGUUCAGAGAGAUUCCCCUCCACAACGUAGCUCAAUCUACAGAGGCGUCACCAGGCAUCGAUGGACUGGUCGUUAUGAAGCUCAUUUAUGGGAUAAGAAUUGCUGGAAUGAAUCACAAAACAAAAAAGGAAGACAAGUAUAUUUAGGGGCCUACGACGAUGAAAAAGCCGCUGCACAUGCAUAUGACUUGGCAGCAUUGAAGUAUUGGGGACAAGACACCAUCCUCAAUUUCCCUCUCGAAACCUACAAAGAAGAGCUUCGAGGCAUGGAGGGUUUGUCAAAAGAGGAGUAUAUCGGAUCUUUGCGCAGAAAAAGUAGCGGUUUUUCACGAGGAGUUUCAAAAUACAGAGGCGUAGCAAGGCACCAUCAUAAUGGUAGAUGGGAGGCUCGUAUUGGCCGGGUUUUCGGUAACAAGUAUCUGUAUCUCGGAACAUACGCCACCCAAGAAGAAGCGGCGACGGCUUACGAUAUGGCAGCAAUAGAGUACAGAGGACUUAACGCCGUUACAAACUUUGACCUGAGCCGUUACAUCAAGUGGUUAAGACCCAACCAAACAGAUCCCAACAACUCAAACGGUAUCCAAAUUAACCCUAGUCAACAUCCAGGGUCAAGCUCCCUUUCCAACAACCAAAACCAGCAACCGGAAAGCUCAAGCUCCGGCGAAACAACCACCAGUAUACCUCCGCCACCUUCCUCAGCCCUAGGGCUACUGUUGCAGUCCCCAAAGUAUAAGGAAAUGAUGGAGAUGACCUCGGCGGUUGACUCCCCUUCGACGCCGCCGGAAUCAGAUCGGCCUCGGCGAAGCUUCCCUGACGAUAUACAGACCAAUUUUUACUGCCAUGAUUCCAACAGCUAUGCCGAGGGUGAUGACAAUAUUUUCGCAGAUCUGAAUUCAUUUUCUGCACCUAUGUUCGAAAGCGAGCUUGACGCAUAAACCGGUGAUCGGAGCAAGUUCAACGACGCUGACGGUAAUGAUGAUUUUAGGAUUUACUUAUUUGACUUGCAGAGAGACGAGAGUUUUAUUCAUCUUUCGUUUUGUCUCUAAUUUAAAAAUUAUUUCUAAGUGUAGAUAUACCUACCUAUCAUGAGGCAUAGACAUUCAUUGAUUUCUAUACUUUUUUCCUCAAGAAAAAGAA